AUGGCCCUAAGUCUCCUGUGGCUCAGCUUCACCCUGCUGGGAGCCCUGCAGACCCAGGCCCAGAGCUCCAACUUGAGACUGCUCCCAGCACCCCCUCUGCUCAGGGUCCCUCUGCAGCCAGACUUCCAGGAUGACCAGUUCCAGGGGAAGUGGUACGUCCUAGGCCUGGCGGGCAAUGCAUUUGGGAAAGAAGAGCAAGGCAAGUUCAAGAUGUACACCACCACCUAUGAGCUGAAAGAAGACGGCAGCUACAACGUCACCUCCACUCUGCUCCGGGAUGGAAAGUGUUCCUACUGGAUCAGAACUUUUGUACCGAGUUUCCAGCCAGGCCAGUUCAACCUGGGCAACAGAAAGAAUUUCCCGGGUAUACAGAGCUACACAGUGCGUGUGGCUUCAACCAACUACAACGAGUUUGCCAUGGUGUUCUUCAAGAAGGUUUCCCAGAACAAAGAGUACUUCAAGACCACCCUCUACGGGAGAACCAAGCAGCUGACCCCUGAGCUGAAGGAGAAGUUCAUUCGCUUCGCCAAGUCACUGGGCCUCACUGACGACCAUAUCAUCUUCUCGGUCCCAGUUGACCAGUGCAUUGAUGAUGCGUGA